AUGUCUUAUAUGUUGCAACACCUGCACAAUGGCUGGCAAGUGGAUCAGGCGAUCCUGUCCGAAGAGGACCGAGUGGUGGUCAUACGGUUCGGCCACGACUGGGACCCGACGUGUAUGAAAAUGGACGAAGUGUUGUACGGCAUCGCAGAGAAGGUGAAGAACUACGGAGUGAUCUAUUUGGUGGACAUCACGGAAGUGCCCGACUUCAACAACGAGAAGGUGAAGAACUACGGAGUGAUCUAUUUGGUGGACAUCACGGAAGUGCCCGACUUCAACAAGAUGUACGAGUUGUACGAUCCGUGUACUGUCAUGUUCUUCUUC